UAAAUGUUUAGAUACGGAAUAAAACCAUAAGUACUCAUUUUGGAACAUGACAAAAACAAAAACUUACUGGCGGAUGCGCAUGCGUCGCCAUUUUGGUAACUGUUUUCGGUUAGCAAGACGACGAGAUUAUUGCCGCCUUUGUGGCGAAAUGUGUCCUCAUAUUUAGCUUUUAAUCAUUUCUAAGUACAUUCGUAGUCUCGAUGCACUUUGACGCGUCCCAGCUUAGUUUGCAAGCUGCUCACCAGGAGACGCGAUCAACACAAUCAAACAAUCACAACACAAAUGUUGUGAUUGUUUGAAAAUGUGCGAAAGAACGAUUGCAAAGUACGAGGAGGAACUUUCUAGAACAAAAGAGGAGAAGGAGCGACAACGUCAACUACUGGACGCUCUUUUCAACAAACAUCAAGUUGUGUCACACAGAAAAGAUGUCCUCAGUCCUCAGCAGCAGGAGUGGACCUCCAUGGUGAAGCAGGAGGAGCCACAGCCCCCCCACAUCAAAGAGGAAGAGGAGGAACACAGCAUCAGUCAGGAGGGGGAACAUCUUCGAGGACCGAAUGAGUUCUCGGUGGUCGGUGUCAUCGUGAAGGGUGAAGGUGAUGCGGUCAAAGGUGAAAGUGAGGAGAAGAGAGAGGCGGAGAGACCAAGCAGCAGCUCAAGUCAACACAUGACAAGAGAAGGUGAUGGUGGAGGAUCACAAGCAGACUUAGCUCCACUGUCAGAUAGUGAGGACACAACGUCACACUCUUCUGACACUGAUGAUGAUGAUGAUGAUGAAGACUCUAAGGCCGAUCAGACUGACGACAGAUGCUGGAAAUGCUCAGAAUGUGGCAAAACCUUCAACAGGAAGGGCAAUCUCAAUGUGCACAUGAGGAUCAUUCAUGCAGGCGAGAAACCUUUCUGCUGUCAAAUGUGUGGUAAACAAUUCUCUACAAAAGCACACGUGGCGCGGCACGCCAGAACGCACUUUGGCGACGACGACGACAACACGCGCUUUCAGUGCUCCCAAUGUGACAAAACUUUUAGCAGCAAGGGGAAUCUCAACGUGCACAUGAGGAUAAUACACAAAGGCGAGAAACCAUUCGGCUGUGCAGUUUGCGGUAAGCGAUUCUCCACAAAAGCGCACAUGGCGACACACACAAGAACGCACUCCCGUGACAAUGACAACGCGCGCUUUGAAUGUUCUCAGUGUGACAAGACGUUUAGCAACAAAGGAAAUCUGACCGUGCACAUGAGGAUCAUUCACAAGGGCGAGAAACCGUUCUGCUGCGCAAAUUGUGGCAAGCAAUUCUCGUCGAAAGGUCACGUGACGGCGCACAUGCGAACGCACACCGGCGAGAAACCAUACGCCUGCUCGGUCUGCAACAGACGUUUCUCUCGUUGGUCACUAGUGGUGCGACACCAGCGAACGCACACCGGAGAGAAACCGUUCACUUGCUCGUCAUGCGGCGUCGCAUUCUCUCAAAAGUCAGGUUUGACAAAACACACCAGAAUACAUACUAAAGAAAGACCAUACUCCUGCUCAAUCUGCCACCGAAGUUUCGCAGUGAGUUCAGGAUUGGAUAAGCACAUGACGAUACACACUGGGGAAAAACCUUUUACCUGUUCAGUCUGCGGAUUAAGUUUUGUUCGGAAGUUAGUUUUGAAAGUACACAUGAGAAUACACACGGGUGAGAAAGCGUUCAGUUGCAGCGUGUGCGAUGAAAGGUUCUCUUAUAAGUACCAGGUGGACAAACACAAAUGUGUGGCUGAGACCAGGACAUGAAAUAACUGUGCAGUCCAUAUACAGGUAAAAGCCAGUAAAUUAGAAUAUUUUGAAAAACUUGAUUUAUUUCAGUAAUU